UUCAGGAUUUUAUUUUUGUUUUAUGCUCAGAUGACUAUGAAGCUGCUGAUUAAACUAAAAGCCGAUGUUUAGUAACAUUAGGCCUACCAGAUUAAAACGCUUAGCUCGCCUAUUUUUAAGAAUUUAGCCUAACCCUUUUUCGUCAUGACCGAACGCGGUUACGUCGGAUGAGCAGCAUCAAACGCUCAGUUUUGUAUCGGGUUUAUUAGGCAGAAACAGAAAUCCGAAUAUUAUCUGCUCCGUAGCCUAAAAUUAACAAUAACGCGAGAGUUUGUAAGUUGCCUGAAGACUGUAGUUGCAACUGUCAAAGGUAGAGUGGAUACGCGCAUGACCCAACACAGCCUACUGUAUUAGCCUACUGUACACGGUCGCGAAGAUAAUAUCGGUAUAAAAAAACGAAAUAAUAAGCGGGGUCUAGACUUGUGGCUAACGACCGUGACGACUGUUUGUCCGUCUGCAUCAACACACCCCCCCGCAAGACCUGCUAUAGACGGCAGGUGUGAUUGCCAUGUAACACCGUGAAAGGCGCAUAUACAGCGCGAGGUAUAGUCCUACCGCCUGACUCCCACGUGGGUGACCCGGGCCACCCGGCCGUUGGUGCUGGGUGACUCCCAGUUCAGACACUCCAGGCAUGGAAACUCCCAGUGGCCCCCGGCUGGGUAGGCUGUCGACAGGGGGGGCGUCUAGGGGCCGUCCCCCCAAACAGGCCCACCCCCAGGAGGCGGCCAGGACAACCGCCACAUGCCCAGAAAACAACAAGCACAGUCCUCCUCUUAGUGAACGAGGUGAGGGCAAAAGGAAAGGGCGUCCCAGGGCUGAAGUACAUGAGCUGAGGAGCAUCCCUGCUAAUAUGAUGGUCCAGUGGAAGGAUGAGUUCAAGAGGAGGUCCAGGGUCAAGUGUCCGUGUUCAGGUUGCUGGUUAGAGUUCCCCAGCAUCUAUGGCCUCAAAUACCACUACCAACGCUGCCAGGGGGCCACCCUAUCGGAGAAGCUGAGUCACGGCUGUCCGGACUGUGAGGCGGUGUUUGCCACUAAGGUCCGCCUCCAGAAGCACAAAUUGUGGAACCACCCCGAGAGGGUUACCAUGGAGACCAAGCCUGAGCCCAAAACGCAGAAGACCCCUGUGAAGGGGGCCGUGAAGAAAAGACCUAUGGAGAACAGUCCACCGUCGCCAGUGUUCUUCAAAGUCAAGAAGACCCAGGAGGUGUCUAGCCCGUCCCAGAACGGGGAGUGUGCACGCCAGAGGGGCGAAAGGAAACUGUACACGCCCAGUCACCCCCCCCAGCAAAAGGCCUCCUCGUCAGACACGUCGCCCAACACCCCAGGGGGUAGCGAGAGCGAGGGUGAGGCUGGCAGCCUUCCCCCAUCGUACCCUGAUGAAGACAAUGAGAGGACGAGGCACAAGCCAGGACGGAAGCAGAAAACUCCUAAGAAGUUCACCGGAGAGCAACCCUCCAUCUCUGGGACAUUCGGCCUGAAAGGUCUGAACAAAGCAGAGGAGAAGUUGAAGGCUGGUCGUGUGAAGAAAUCAGAAGGGGGUCUGAGUAACGAGGAGCCCCAGAGGAAGCACCCUGGCCCAGCCUCACAGAAAGACCCACCACCCCUCACCUCCGGUAGUCCAGCAGAUGCUCAUUGGCAUCAUGCCAUCUCAGAGCGGGGGGAGGUUGUGUGUCCUACCUGUUCCAUUGUCACCAGGAAGACCGUCUCAGGCCUCAAGAAGCACAUGGAGAUCUGUCAAAAGCUCCAGGAUGCCCUGAAGUGCCAGCAAUGCCAGAAACAGUUCAGGUCCAAGGCCGGACUCAACUACCAUAUGAUGGCUGAGCACAGCAGCAAGGCCUUGGGGAGCGAGUGCCAGGCGGGGGACGGGCAGGAGGAGAGAGAGAGGCUACGCAGAGUCCUGAAACAGAUGGGACGAAUCAAGUGUCCCAGCAAGGGCUGCUCGGCCCACUUCUCCAGCCUCAUGGGGUACCAGUACCAUCAGAAGCGCUGUGGCAGAGAGCUGUCAGAGGAGGACAAGCCCGUGUUUCUGUGUCAACACUGUGGGAAGACCUACCGCUCCAAGGCCGGCAGAGACUACCACCUCCGCUCUGAGCACCCGGCGCCCAACCCCACACACAGCACCACCAACACCACCACUAACAACAACAUCAGCACCUCCAGCACCACUAGCAACUCCUCCGUCAGAGGGGUGAGCACAGACGAGUCCCAGACACAACCUCCAGGAAAGAGGGAACCGAACCCCAUGGAGAGAGAUGGGAAGCAAAAAGAGAAGUGUCCAGAGUCGUCCGCUCAAACAGAGAAGGAGAAGGAUGGAGUGGAGAGGGAGAAAGAGCACGGUGGGCAGAGCGAGAGUCUGGGGGAGGACUUUGAGAGGACCCCAAGCGGCAGGGUGAGACGUCGGUCGGCCCAGGUUGCGGUGUUCCACCUCCAGGAGAUAGCCGAGGAUGAGCUAGCCAAGGACUGGGGCACCAAGCGCCGCAUCAAAGACGACCUGGUACCGGACAGCAAGAGGUUAAACUACACUCGUCCUGGCCUUCCAAAGUUUAGUCCCACGCUGCUGGAGAGCUGGAAGAAUGAGGUCAAAGAGAAAGGCUUCAUUUGCUGCUCCAAUGGAAGCUGUGAAGCUGUUUACUCCAGUGUGUCCGGACUCAAAGCUCAUCUAGCCAACUGUAACCAGGUAGGGACAUCAGAGGCAGGGGGCGAUGCAGGGAAGUACACCUGCUUACUGUGCCAGAAGGAGUUCAGCUCAGAGAGUGGAGUCAAGUACCAUAUCAGCAAGACACACUCGCAGAACUGGUUCCGAGCCUCCAGCCACAUGGUUCCAAGCAGCACCAAUAAAAGCCAUCCGCCGGAUAACCAAGGGCCAGAGAAAUCCGAGAUAAAGAACGGAGCCACCACCGGAAAGAAAAGAGGCCGCAAGCCCAAAGAGCGCCCCCCUGAGGCCAACCCUGUCCAAACAAAGACUUUGUUCGGUGCCACCCAAAACUCAGUAACCACCCCGAACCCAACCCCAACCCAUGCCCUGAACAUGGCCCAGGCCAAUCCGCAUGUCACAGUCCCUACAGAGAGGGGAAACCCAGGGAGCCCGAUACUAAACAGACAGCCCAACCAUCCCACCACAAGGAGGGGUAAGCCCAAGAGGGUUUCCCCUUCAUCCGAGUAGUCAGUCUUUCACUAACACAUGACCUGGAGAAGACGCCAUCCAUCCACAUAAUGCCAGUCAGCUCACAGACACUUUGGACACCUCACUGACCGUCAGACAAGGAAGCUAAAAAGAACUACAGAGAAGUAAAGAAAACAAUGUGUUUGAUUUGUCUGAUCUUUGUUAUUUUAAUCCAAUAUUGUGUACGGUUUUGUGUCUCGUUGUAUCUACUGAUAUAAACUUUUUUUUCUCCAUUCCAAUUCCAAGUAACCUUUCAGAUAAGCUAUUGACAGCAGGGGUUCAUUGUAAUCAAAGUUCAAAAUCCCAAUCUAUACAUAAAUAGCAUUUUCUUAACGAAAGUAGAGUUUCAGUUGCAUUUGACAUAUUACGUCUACAUGUCUGUAGAUUCAUGUUGUGUUUGCGAGAUUUUUGAAAGGAUAUUCUAUUAGCAUGGUAAUUUACUGCUGGUGUUUUUACAACGGAUAUACUGUACUUUGUAUAUACAAUAUCUAUAUAUCUAUAUACUCAAAGCAAUGACGUCAUCCAUCUAUUUUCAAGGCGGGAAGGUUACAUUAGGUCUAAAGCAGUCACACUCAGCGUUAAUAUUUUUUUCCCCUUUGGCAUCUUGUUUGCUUUUUAUUGUGGCAGCUGAACGCCAAAAUGGAUAGCUUUUUUUUCUCAGUCUGCUACGGUGCGAUUUGCUAAUUUGUUUUUGUCUCUAUCUUUGGCUUUCUAUCCAUAGUUUAAAUAUAUGAAAGGUCACACUGUAACACAUACAUCUAACUCUUUCCAGCAUUAUUAGGGUGUGGCUAAGUCUUUGUUGGGUGUUUUCUGUUCAUGUCUAGCAUUUACAUUGAAAUAUAGGAAAUUAGAAUAAUUUUUACAAAAUGUGAAUUUAUUGAAUUUCAGACAGUUAUUACCCUUGGGGUACACGUAUGACUAGGGAUGUUAAUUAAAAGUUUUACACUAAAAUCUAUAUCUAUACCAAGACAUUUUAAAUGUUUAUCCACAAAGUUUGAAAAUGUAGAUUUAGUUGAAAUUACUGUAGGUUUCAACUGCAGAUGUUACAAAUUAUUGACUAAAUGUUAAAUCUAACAGUUGGAAAAUAUUUCACAAGAGCUCCUGUAGUUGCACCACUGCAGUACAAUCAAAUGAGUUGUUGCCAUUUUGGAGAUCAGUGACUUUAGCCUCUGGUUGCUCUUGAAAAAUAUCCUAGACUGAAUGAACUAACUUAGAAAAGGGAGCAGCAGCCGACUUUUUAUAUAAAUUAUUAAGCCCCUUUGGAGAUAAUGCAAUUUUAUGAAACUGAAAAAAAACCCUGCAAAUUAAGCUUUAGUUUAGAUGUUGUAUUCAAGGGACCUAUUCCCUGUCACUAAAAGACUUGUCUUGCACUUUAACCCUCGACCCUUUGCUCCCUUCUCUGUGUUUUAUCUUUUUGCACUUGAAGAGCACUGCUUAUCUUUCACCCAACUCUCUGCAAAGAAGUUGCUCUUAGUCACAUAUCUCAGAUCUGUGCUCCUAAAUUCAAAACUUUACCAUAAUUGGUAUAGACAAAAGGGACCACAGAUCCAUGUCUAUGGGCAAGAUUUACUUAAACAGAACCCUCAAUAUCCAUGUUUGUAACGCUGACUAAAAAGGAAACAACUCUAAUUUCCCAAAAUUAAGUAGAUUAAGAUCUCAGUGCCCGCUUUCCUACUAGAUUCCAUAGAAAGGUAAUGGUGCCACCUUAAUCAACGAAAAACCCCAAAUAAGCCAUAACUGACCCUCAGCAAUUUUACAUAUUUUAGACUGUUCUGCCAGUCAUGACUAUUUUAGUCAUGACUGGCAGAAGUCCAAAUUAAAUGUCUUUAAUUUAUUAAUAUGCUCAUGUGCAAUCAGAGAAUAUACAUAUUUUAUCUAUAAUAAAUACUAAAAGUAGAUACUUGAAUUCAAAAAAACUAGUAAUAAUUAGAUUUAAAUAAAAUUCCCUGAAAUGUUUAAUUUAUAUUUAUAUGAACUGAGCAGAAUAGCUUGUUCUCUCAAAGCAGCAAAUCUAUUUUAUAAUCAAUUGUGUGUAUAUUAUCCAGUUAAUCUCAUAAUAGUGGGAAUAUUUGAAGUGAAGUUUUCGGUACAUUGUGCAUUUCAGUGAGGCUGUUCGCUCAUAUGGCACAAAUCUUCCUUAAAAAGUAUGACUUUAUGCCUUUACUUUAUGUCCUACCAAUACAGGUGCUCAACAAAACGUAACCCUUUAUUAUUAUUUGUUUAAAGCCUAUGGUAUUUGUGCUGAUAUACUGUAUAUCACCAGUGCAAUUGAGUAUCACCAUUUCAAUUUUAUUUCAUUUUCCAAUGGUCAAGUAAUGGGUUUUAUUCAUUAUUGACUUUAUGGGAGGAUUGUCUUAAAAAGAACUGACUAAAGGCUAUCCAUCUCCCAGUGUGAGAGGCCUGUGUCCGGAUUGAAUCAUUGCACGUUACAUUGCAUUGCUAUUGAAUAAGUUCCAUUAUUGUUGUAUUCACGUCUGAUAAGUGAACACCUGAGGUUGGAUUGACAAGUACUGAUGAGUAACUUGUGCUUUUCAAUAUGUUUCUUCAGACCUUAGUCCUUCACUCUGGUCUAGUGACUAGGCUUUUGUCUAGAAAAUGAGAACUAUGGCUGGAGUUCAAUUGUAUCUGCAGUGA